CGCCUCCCCGGCCUCAUCUGUCUCUCUCUAAGUCUUCUCGUCUUUCUGGUUAUGUAUUCCUUGUUGCUGAUUCGUUCAAAGUAAUGUGUACAACAUUAUGUUUUAUUCCUGGAUGAGAAUCAUUUGUCUUUAGACAUUAGGAAAACAACAUGAUAACUUGCAACGAAUGGUUUGUACUUAUUGAUUAUGGUACAUUCAUUCAGGACCAGAGAAUUAACAAUUGAGUAAACAUUCACUCAGAUCAGCGUCAUAAGAACCAAGCAAACUUGAUUUAUAUACACAAACAAGGUUAGUUAACCUUAUCAGUACAAACUAAAACACGGACAACACAGACAUCCUGGUUCAUGGGCCAUAGUUCGUACCUGGACUAGCAUACUAUCUGGCAAACAAAAAUACAUGACUCACAUCCUACACAUUCUUAGACUACCUUCUUGGUUUGCCACUCUAAAGUAAUUUUAAUUGUCCUACAGUGAGUCUCACUAACUGAAUAUAGACAUCACGUUUGAUGGAUCUAGGCAGGCAACAAAAGUUGGGGCCAUCUAGCACAUACAGCGGCGGUUAAUCCCAUUGUGGUCAUGGCGUUCCAGCUAUCUUCUUCAGUUUCUUCCAUUUGUCGUUCAAAUCAGCUGGCGAGUGGUCUUGAUGGAAGAUAUCAGCGCCAUGUUUCUUGAUCCUUUUCCAUGCGGGUGCAACGCGAGGUCCGGCACAAGUUGGCCGGAAGACGGCCAUGAUCGCAUCUCUCUCUCUCUCUCUCUCUCUCUCUCUCUCUCUCUCUGCGCGGUGGGUUGUUCGAAAUUGGAUUUGGGGAGAAAAGCACACACACUGGAUCUUGACGGGAGGAGGCGAGCUCGAGCGGGCCACUUCAGAGUUGGGCAUGAGUGGGUGGGGAAGUUUCAAGAAUCGCUUGACCCAUUGGAUUCGUUCGGCUCAUGGGCUUCCGAUUCCGAACUCCUCUUUCCCCGGCCCCCCUCCUCCCAAUCCCUUCGCCGCCGCCCCCUGCACGAUCGGCCAGUCCAGCAACCGCCGCCUCCUGCACCCCUUGCCUCCCGAGAAUCUGAAGAAUCUAAAAAUUCUUUACAGAUUGGAUUUCUCAAUGGCAGGCCCUGGGGAUGUCGAGGUGUGACGUUGAAGUUGAAGAAUCAUCCUCCAUGGGGAUGUCCAUGGGGGAGCUACGCGUUGAAGUUGAAGCAUCAUCCUCCAGGGAGACUGGAAUCGCCCUGCAUGAGAAUGGCGGUGAUGUUGUUGCUGCUGAAAACGAUGACAUAUGGGAUGAUGCUUCAGAUUCUCUAGGUUAUGCGUCUACCUUAGACAGAGAAUGGAUGCACAGGCAUAAUCAGUUUCAUAAGAUGGGCUAUAGGGAUGGCAUAACAGAAGGGCAGAAGGACUCUGCCCAGGAGGGCUUCAGUGUCGGGUUUAGGCAAUCUGUAAACGUUGGCUACACGUGGGGCCUUGCUCGCGGGAUUACCAGUGCUCUAGCUAGUCUUCCUGACAGCUUGAAAGAAAAACUGCUGCCAGAUGUCCACUCCAGAGGAAAAUUACAGGAUCUACAGAACUCUGUGCAAGAAAUUUCAGUGGAUGACACGCUUCAGAUGUUUCAUGAAAGCAUUUGUCAGAACAAUCAUCCUUCAGGGAAUCCGCAUGUAACAUCAGGAGAAGAUGGGGCUGCAGAUUCUAAUAGGCUCAAAUGCCUAUCAAAGGAUCUUGUGUUGUUGUUGCAUGAAUGCCGGAUAUAAAGGUAACUGAAGAAUUGGCAUGAGAUUCAUGAACAAAUUGCCCAGAAAUUGCAACCACUACGAAUCUCUCAAGUCUCAAGUCUGGCAGAAUCACUUGCACUGGAUUCGCAGAAUAUUGAACAUCCACCAGGGCUAUAUGUGAAUGUGAUUCAGGGAUCUUAUUUGGGAUGGAGCUGAUACUCAAAAUGCUUGAACAUCGGAGACUUAGAACUCUAGAUUUUAUGAAUAUAUAUGUAACUGUAAAUCCUGAGAUUCUACAUGUCAAUCAUAUCUCCUUUUUGCUGCAAGCUAUAA